AUGUCUGCAAGCCCAUCUCCGUCCGCCAGUGGCGAUAACAAGCAAACUGAUCAGAUUCAUUUCCGUUUCUGUCGCGAAUGCUCGAACUUGCUCUAUCCCAAGGAAGACCGCGUCAACAACCGUCUCAUGUUCACGUGUCGAACCUGCCACGUCGGCGAGCCUGCGACCUCAUACUGUGUUUAUCAGAACAAGUUGAACAGCCAAGUUGGAGACACUGCUGGUGUAACCCAGGAUGUGGGAUCUGAUCCAACGGUUUGUCUCCCUGGUUUCUGUGCCCAUUGCGGGGAGGAGAUUACCUGCUUUACCUGCGGGCAGCUGCCUGAAGACAUACUGUCCGAUUGGGAUUCUGAGGAUUCCAUGAGCAUUUAA